GCCCCCAGCCACUCCGCUGGCGAAGCGACAUUGACGCCUCCUUCACCCGGGGGGGCUUCCGCCUGGCCAACGACUCCCUGGUGGUACCGGCCUCGGGGAUGUAUUUCGUCUACUUCCAGGCCUCCUUCCUGGGGGCCGCCUGCCCCGCCGGGGACGCCCGUCUCAUCCUGGCCCACCGCGUGCUGCUCUUCUCCGACAACUACCGCCGCGACGUCCCCCUCUUGAGCGCCCACAAAGUGGCCUGCCCCGGGGGGGCCCCCUGGUACCGCUCCCUGCGCCAGGGGGCGGCCUUCGCCCUGCAGGAGGGGGACCGGCUGUUCACGGAGACGGAGGGGGAGACGCAUCUCUGUCCGGACCGGGGCUCUCUGUCUUUUGGGGCGUUUGCUCUGUGACCAGGCAAGGGUCCCCUUUUGCUUUGGGGGGGGUCCUUCUGCGCUGAGGGCAUGGAGAGGCUGUUCAGAGGGGCCUUGAAUGAUUGGGAGGGUGUCAC